GUCAGCCAGGCAGCCAGCAAGCGUAAGCAAGGCAAGCAGCAAAAGCUUCACACUCGAGUCGACUAGAAUCCAAGAUGGCGAUGUAUGUUGUGAUCCGAGUUUCGCGAGCACGUCAGUGAGCGAAUUUUGCUGCGGAAAAUAGUUGCUAGCCAGCGAAUACGACUCCACCGGAAGUGUGAAAAGCGUACGGAUACCGUUACGAAGUUGAAAAGUGCGCUGAAGUGUUGUGGGGCCGCCUGGAAGGCAAUUUGAAUUUCAUCGUCGGUCGGAAGUGCGAGUGCUCGUAGUUUUUCUUUCUUUUCUUCCCCCUUGGUCUUGGUGAGUGAAAAAAGAGUUUCACCUUUCCUGCUGCCAGCUACCGGACCAAGUUGCUGCUGCGGUCGAUCGGAGUUCGGGUUUGCAAGCAGAAGAAAAGAAGAAGAUUCUGUGUGUGCCUCGUAGCGGUAGCGCUAGCUUUACGAACCGCCCUUGGCCAGACGGGAAGGCCGGAUUGUGCGGCCGGAAGAAAACGUCGCUUCUAUUCCUGCCGAGAGUAGGUUGGUGUUUUCCCCUUUGCUGUGUUCUCAUUUGCCGGCGUGAAAAAUAUUCCGUUUUUGGUCGGAAAGAGUGAUUCAAGUUUCGAUUCCAGAUCGAAAACGCAGUGGUGUACGUGAGGAAAAAGAAGAAAAUUUGGCCUCGGAAUAAGGUUUUUUUUGUUGGUGAAUUUUCUCAUUACGCGCUCCGUAAUAUAUUACUGAUAUUUUCUGCCAAGAGAAAAGGACGUCGUUCAUCGAUGUGCAGCCGGAAUUGAAGAGGAUUGGUUGGUUCAAAUUUCAGAUCCCAAUCAACUCCGUUCAUAAACCGAUCUCAUUGAGUGUAAAUAAUAAGUGUCUGAAAUCAUACCCGUAGUUUUGAUAGUAAGCUUAUUACGAGAAUACUUCGCUUAUCGUAAACGAAACGAAUAUCCACGGAAAGUAUUCUCACCGCGACCACAUCAACUAGUGAAUUUCUAAUGCUAGUAAUCAUUACUGAAGAAUAAGUAAUUUAUUUAAAGUUGAUAAUCCAAAAAAGGACUCUCAAUAAAGGGUUAUAGAAAGAAGUGCAGUGCAAGUCAGUGGCAAGUGAAUUUGCAGUUGAGUUAAGUAAUCCAGUGAAUCGAAAACGAAAGGACUGCUGCAUAAUACAGUGUGUUAUACUUAAACGGCCGCAGGCUAGAAAUUUAGUGAUCAAAAAUUGAGCAAAGUAUAGGAAAGGUCCGUUACAAAAUUCUAAAAAAGAGGAAGAAAAGGAAUUCCUCCAGCCAUCAUCACCACCACCACCACCACCACCACCACCAUCACCAUCGUCAUCAUCCGACGUCAACGGCGACGACGACGACGACGGCGACGGCAAGCACAAGCAGUGACCAACAGCAGCAGCAGGAAGAAUCGCCGCAACCAUCGACUAGCGGCGGAACUAACAACAACAGCAGCGGCCUCGGUAGACGCAACAUGACAACCGACACAAGAAGACGAGUCAAACUGUAUGCACUGAAUGCAGAUCGGCAGUGGGAUGAUCGGGGCACCGGGCACGUAACAUCGAGCUACGUUGAUCGAGUUAAAGGUGUCUCCCUGCUAGUGCACGCAGAAAACGAUGGAUCGAUGCUGCUGGAAAGCAAAAUCCACCCCGACACAAUCUAUCACAAACAGCAGGACACACUGAUCGUGUGGAGCGAGGGCGAUAACUUCGACCUUGCGCUCAGUUUCCAGGAGAAGGCAGGCUGUGACGAAAUAUGGGAGAAAAUUUGCCAGGUACAAGGCAAAGAUCCCUCCGUCGAAAUAACGCAGGAUGUCGUGGAAGAAUCGGAAGACGAACGGUUCGAGGACAUGUCGGACUCGGCACCGCCCAUCGAACUACCCCCCUGUGAGCUGUCCCGAUUAGAGGACAUCUCUGAAGUGAUUGCCAAUGGACUGACCUCGCAGAUUCGGAAGGACAAGCUGGCGCAAGCGAUCGAGAGUGAAAACUACAUCAAAAAGCUGCUGAACCUGUUCCACAUCUGCGAGGAUCUCGAAAAUCACGAAGGACUGCAUUAUUUGUACGAAAUUUUUAAGAACAUUUUUCUGCUGAACAAGAAUGCCCUGUUUGAGAUCAUGUUCGCCGAGGAUACGAUCUUCGACGUUGUUGGCUGUUUGGAGUAUGAUCCUACGGGUAAUCCGCCGAAGCAGCACCGGCAGUAUCUCAAACAGUUGGCCAAAUUCCGCGAAGCGAUUCCUAUUCGCAAUACCGAUCUGCUGGCAAAGAUACAUCAGACAUACCGGGUGCAAUAUAUUCAGGACAUUGUUCUGCCGACGCCAUCGGUGUUCGAGGACAACAUGCUGAAUACGCUUUCCUCGUUCAUCUUUUUUAACAAGGUGGAGAUAGUCACCCUGAUCCAGGAGGAUGAAAAAUUCCUGGACGAUUUGUUCACCCUCUUAACAGACCCUAGCACUUUGGAUAGCAAGCGGCGGGAUAUUAUCCUGUUUCUGAAAGAGUUUUGCAACUUUGCGCAGUAUUUGCAACCGCAGAGCAAGGAAACCUUCUACAAGACGUUGAUCAGUCUUGGCGUACUGCCGGCGCUGGAGAUUACGCUGGCCAUCAACGACAAGAAAACGAAGGCCGCCUCAAUAGAUAUUUUGACGACAAUCGUCGAAUACUCUCCGUCGAUUGUGCGCGACUACACGUUGCAGCAGUACAACAACUCGGAUACGGAGGAGGAUCAAACACUUAUCAAUAUCGCUAUUGAGCAGAUGCUAUCAGACUCGGAACCGGAACUGGGAGGCGCUGUUCAGUUGAUGGGCGUUUUACGGAUACUGCUCGAUCCGGAGAAUAUGCUCAGCUCGGUGAACAAGUCGGAGAAAUCAGACUUCCUGAACUUUUUCUACAAGCACAGCAUACAGACGCUAAUAGGUAUGAGGGGACAUUCUUAUGGGUGCUUACAUUUACUGACGCUCUUUUCCCGAUGGUUUGCAGCUCCACUACUGCUGAACACCCUCUCCGAGAAACCGGCCAACGAAGAAUAUCACACGGUUCAGCUGCUCGGGCUAGUGCUAGAGUUGUUGUCGUUCUGCGUUGAGCACCACACCUACCACAUCAAGAACUGCAUCAUCAACAAGGAUCUGCUGCGUCGAAUACUGGUAUUGAUGAAGAGCACACACACGUUCCUAGUGCUAGGCGCCCUGCGGUUUCUGCGGAAGAUCAUCGCACUGAAAGAUGAAUUCUAUAAUAGGCAUAUAGUAAAGGGGAACCUCUUCGCACCGGUGGUGGAUGCCUUCGUGCGGAACAAUGGCCGAUAUAAUCUGCUGGAGUCCGCCAUCCUGGAGCUGUUCGAGUUCAUCAAGAUCGAGGACAUCAAAUCCUUGUAUACGUACUUUGUAGAAAAUUUUGGUAAAAUCUUCGACGAUGUCCAGUAUGUCCAAACGUUCAAAACACUGAAGAACAAGUAUGACCAGCAGCAGGAUCGACUGAAGGAGAAGGAGAAAGGAAAUCUAGACAGCGUACCAUCGAUUCUGCGGAAUAGUAACCGAUACCGGAGGGAUCAGAGGCAGCUGGACGCGGAGGAGGAAAAUUGGUUCAGCGAGGAAGAAGACUUUACCGAAACAAAUAAGGCUGGAUCGCCGGAACUGGACACUAGCCUAGGUAAAAUCUUCGACAAGAAAUCACCUGAAUCGUCUCCGUCAGCCACCUCCGUGAACGGCCCCAAGUACAGUAGUAGUAAUAGUAGCAAUACGACCACAUCGCAACAGCAGCAGUCGCCACUUUCCACGUUACAAACGAACAACAACACUGACAUUAAUAGUAAUAAUAAUAGUACGACAACAUCCGUUUCGGCAACAGUAGCAGCAGAUGAAGAAGAAGAACCAUCGUCCAUUCAUCACCAUCAACAGCAGUCACUACUAGGUAUAACCUUGGUCAAUUCAACGUCGUCGCCAUCGUCGUCUUCGUCGUCCUCUUCUUCUUCCACCACCAGUGCGCUAGCGGAGGACGUCCCACUCGUUGAUUCGACGGCACUGUACUCCGCCAGUAGUGCCGUUGGUCACGACUCGCACGAAUCACCCGCCUCCACAUCGACGAGCAUCGACGCCUCCGACGUGACGGCGUCGUCAUCGUCGUCGUCGGUGACAACAACAACAACAGAUGCGGAAGUAGUGGAUGAAGAUCCAAGCUGUAGUUCCCAACAGCAACUUCCGCAGAACUCCAACAGUGAUAAGGACAGUGUGGCCGACAAAUGCAUCAGUACGACGUCAACACACGCGCCUACGGCGGAAUCCGUUGAAUCUCUCGAUCCCAACCUGGAGGCAUCGAAACGGUUAGCUGCUGCUGCUGCGGCUAGCAGUGCGGACGAGGAAGAUGCCCUGCCGUCUUCAUCGUCUUCGUCGUCGUCCUCGUCGUUAGAUUCGAGUGAAGACGUGAGGCAGUCGCAACCACAACAGGAGGAGGAACAGCAGCAGCAAAACUGCAGUGGUAGUGAGGCACCGGGGGAUGAUAGCUCCACGGUUAAUUGCAACAGCAGUAAUGGUGAUAUCAGCGUAUCGUCAGUACCUCCAACGAUACCGGCGGUGCUCGACUCGGCGCCGGAUGUGGUUGCGCCGACGGAUGACACGACCACGACGACGACGACUUCCACCGCGGUUGUGAGCAGUCUGAAGAAGCGCUUGGUGGAUUACGAGGGUGACUCGGACGAUGAAGAUGACGAAGACAGUGAUAGUCCGGCGGUGAAGAAGGUCAAAGUGGCAUAGCAUCAUAAUCACCACCACAGGCAGGCCCACUGCCAUCGUCAGGAAUUACUGCUGUUCCCCAAUAGCCACCACAACCACCAGCACCACCACCAUCAGAACCAUAACCAACAUCAUCACGACGAAUCUCGUUGCGACGCCGUUGUUGGCAGCGACAACAACGACGACAACAGCGACGAGGACGGAAUGUCAACGAUGUUAUCAGUCUCGCUAGCUGCUACUACACAACCACAACCAGCAACUGAAACAACAAAUUAUACAUAAUUCUUAUAAAUACAUGUGUAACUAGAGGUAAUAAUUUGAUAACUUAACGAAAACCGAGGAAUGAGAAGAGGAGAGGGAAAGAAGAGAAGAGAAGAGGACGAUAGUUUAAAACGAAGAAAAUCAACAAAAAGAUAUCCAAAAAUCAAGUUCUUUGUUAAGCAAAGAAGAGAAUAAGUGUUUCGGGACAAGUGGUUAGAAAACGGUAACCAUUUUAAUUAUUAUAUUGCAUAAUAAUUGAAGCUGUAAUUUAAUGAGAAAAAAAGAUAAACAAGAGGAAAACUGAAUAUGGAUAAGUCUUACUCUGCUAUAACUACUAAACAAAAAUCAUACUAUUACAACUGCUAGGAGGUGAGAUCUAGUGUCAAACUUUUCCAAGGCCGCAGAUAGGAACACAGCAAGUUUAGUUACAGUGUUACUAUGUGGAAAGUGAAAGAUGCUAAUUUGAAAAUAAAAUUUGUAAAACAAUACUAUUGUUUUGAACAAAAAAAAAAACGCAAAAAAAAAACAACCCAAAACAGGAAAAUAAGCUUUCUUUUAUUUUGAAAACCAAACAAAACAAAAAAAAAAACGAACAGAACAAAACAAAAAAGCUGCUAAACAAAAGGAUACGCCAUCGGUUUAUCGAUAUUUGUGAAAAACUUUGUGCGCAUGUAACACAAAGUAAAAAAAAAGUGGUAAUUUGCACACUGCUCUGCUGUGAGAUGGAGAAAGAUAGAGAGGGGGGAGAAAACACCGUGCGGAUAGAUUCCCGUUUCGAGCAACUAAAAUUGGACAUAUUUAAAUAAACUUAAACAAAACAAAAAUCAGAACAAGUUUAAUUGAAAGUGGCGUUAAGAAGGAUAAAAAGAAAACAUGUUAUAAAUUUAUUACAAAUUAAAAACAAGAAAAAAAAUAAUAGCGAAAGCUAAAACUGGAACUAGAUGGUAAGAAAGAAAAGGGAAAAGUGAGAACGUGGGUCAGCUGGAAUGCUCUGUUUUCCCGGGUUUUCCCUGUCUGUUAAGAAAAAAAAAAACUCCUUCUUUUCCGCGUUGAUGUAACUUGAUGCGCACGAUUUGUUUUGGUUUUUUUUUUAACUUAUUGUCAAAGACCCAUAAAGAGUCGCACAUUUUUUAGAAUCAUUGUGAUUUGUAAAAUUUCCUUGUGGAACGUGAACCGGGGCAUCCGGGAAAGUCCUUUAUUUUUUAUUUUGGUCUGGAACGCUGUGGUGUUUCUGAUAAGUGCACAUUUCCUCCGAGAGGAAGGUGAAAGGAACACAGAUUUCGUUUUCUUUUCACUGUCCUCUCUUUCUAUGUUGGAAAUUGAUGAUCCUCGAAUGGAAUUUAAAUUCUCAACCCUCUGAUGGCAAUUUGGAAGGCAUCUUUCCCUUCAACUCACGUUACGCAGGGAAGGAAUCCUUCGCAGACGACCCUAUCGGUAUGCGAACCUCUGUUUUUGAAUUGUAAAUAGUAGUUACUUAGCUGUAAUUAGUAUUAAACCAAAUUUUCGUACAGGACAUUGUACGGACUACUAUCAAGUGGAGAUGUACAUUUUCCAUCAAAGGAACUUAUAGGCAACCAAUAUUUUUUUCCCGUUUUUAAUUUUACAUAAUUUAUAUUAUUACAUUUGCUUCCAAUUUCCCGACUAAAAAUAAAGGAUUUUUUAAGAUGGGUCUGUUUCCACUUUCUGUACAAUCCAAAACCUCAAAUGUUGCGAAAUUAAUUAUUUUUGUUUACUGGAUUUUCUUCAGUCUUGUGACUGACGUAGCUAAGCCCUACAGUUUUUAAAUUGAUGUUUUUAUGUAAAGAUCGAUGAUAACAACCCUAAAAUCAGAGAAAAUUCACAAUGAAAA